AUGCCCUUAUCCAAGUCUGAGUAUAUCAGCGACAUCUGGAAGGAUGACAUCUUCGGCAGGUCUCACCCUUGUGCUAUGUUUGGAGCUCGUGCUCAAGUCCGUGCACUAGUCCAUCUCGGAGCCAAUGCAUGUAUCAUCGGUCGCAAUGUAGAAAAGACAGAGCGCGUGGCGCGAGAUAUUGCCACGGUGCGCCCUGGAGCCAAGGUCAUUGGAAUUGGCGCCGUGGAUGUUAGAAAGUUCGAGGAUCUGAAAAAUGCCGUGGAGCGCUGUGUUGAGGAACUUUGUAGCAUUGACUUUGUUAUUGCUGGGGCCGCAGGCAACUUCCUUGCCUCUAUUGAGCAACUCUCAGUCAAUGCUUUCAAAUCCGUCAUGGACAUCGAUGUGCUUGGCUCUUACAAUACCCUCAAGGCCACCUUGCCUUACCUGGUUGUGUCUGGCGUUCAGCCUGCCCCUAGUAGAACAGGGGGCAGAAUAAUUUUCGUUAGCGCGACUCUUCACUAUCGCGGCAUACCAUUCCAGGCCCAUGUCUCCGUUGCCAAGGCCGCCAUUGACUCCCUAUCCAACUCCACUGCGAUUGAGUAUGGCCCUCGGGGGUUGACCUCUAAUAUUAUUGCCCCUGGUCCCAUUGCCCAGACGGAGGGUUUGGAGCGUCUACUCCCAUCCGACGCCAAGUCUGCUUAUAUCAAGUCUCAGCCUUUGGGCCGUUUCGGACACGUUCGCGAUAUUGCCGAUGCAACAAUCUAUCUCUUCUCUGAUGCCGGGAGUUAUGUCACCGGCCAGACUCUCGUUGUCGACGGUGCAAACUGGCGGAUGUUGGGGGGCAUUGUGACCAACGGAAACCUGCAAUACCCUGACUGCCUGCUAUCUGGUAAAGAGAUUUCCAACGUGACUGGCAAGAAGAAGUCGAACAUUUAA